UAUUAAGUAAUUUGAGAAGAAAUGUGGUUAUGUUUGUUUAAAGAAGUUUGGUUAUGUCACUAGCGUAAAAAUAUAUAAUAUAUUUUUUUAAUUAAUUAACAAGCAAAUAUGUGAGUAGAAUCUAAAAUGGAAAUAAUUACCCUUUAUACCAACUGAAUGGCCCUGUUCGUACCUUACAAGAAGUACAUACUGCAUUUUAUUAAGAUAACUCGAGUGAUUAGUUUAAACAAGAUUAGAAACAAAUGUAACGCCGUAGAAGUAAAAGCAAUAGAUGAAUUCACGAGGCGGUUAUUACAAAAUAAAACCGACAAAUGGACUAUUCGUAAGAGCUUUCCCAAGUAUUCAGUAAACGAACUAUCAUCCAGGGAAGCAAUCGACAAGUCCCUCCAAGAGGCGAUUAAAAGCGACAAUAAUGAUAAAAUCAUAGAACUUAUCGAGGAGUGCAUCACUUGCAAAAUAUGCCCAUCGAUAUCGAACCUUCUAUACGCCCUAAGCGUGUGUUCGCAAACGGGGAAAAUCAACACCAUCAAGGAAUUACGAAGGCUGUGCAAGCAGCACUGUCCCGAAACACUAGCCAUAAAUUCGGACUUCGAUCACUACCUGGCCCAAGCGUUCUGGACGAAAGGCAACACCAGCGAAGCCUUGAACCUCUUCAAGAAAGUUUACCAGGAGAAUUCUUACCUGAGACGUAGAAUAAGGCAAAUGUGGAAACAUCUAAUGACUGACAUUACUGAAAAUAGAAGCGAAGUAAUAUUAAACAAUUCUGUUAAAUUUAGUAAAGAUAUCGCAGCGACUCAUGGGGAUUUUUACUUCCUGGGCUGCGUGUGGCAAAUGUGCUUUCUAAGCGAGUGGUUCGCCGAUCAAUCGAUCGCUUUCGAAUUGAUGGAUAAAUAUGAAGAACUAUGCAAAGUCGUCGGCAUUAGAAUACCUUACGUCGUAAUGAUUUCGUUGAAUCACCACAGAACGGAAGUCGUGUAUCGAUUACUAGAAAUGCUGUUGAAACUCGAAAUGAAGACCCAUUACACGGGAGUGCUGUUGUCCCUACUGGAUUACCAAAUACACCAAAGGAACCUGAGCAGUUGUAUGGAAAUCAUAAGGUGGUCAGAGCGACAUGGCGUCGUUUUACUGCCAGUGCAACACCACAAAUAUUUGAAUUUGUUAAUUGAGUACAAACCUGAGGACAUUACGAAGGAGAAAAAGCCGAUAAGGGUCAAAUCGAUUACUUACUUCAAGUUUUAGAUCGACAAUUAGGUAAAGAAAAUACACAGUU